AGUCUAAACUCACUAGCAAGCACAUCCUUGACUCUGCCACGUACAGGCACAAUGCUCAAACCCAGAAAUAUUAGAAUCGCAAGAGGCAUUACGCUGCAGAGUUAUGAAACUUGCCCUACCCUUAGAAUUUCACUAAACCGCCGAUACAACACCAAGGCUAGCAGUUCGGAAUCACGGUCUCCUGCCCUCACUAGCCUCCAGCGAUCUUACCUCUAUGUGCCCUCAUCCUCCGACCGCAUGCUCCAGAAGUCUCUGACGACGCUGUCGGAUGUCAUCAUAUAUGAUCUGGAGGAUAGCGUACCUCCCUCAGCAACUGACAAGAACGGAGCCCGAGACAGACUAAUAAACUUUCUUACUUCCAGGACUGAAGAGCUUCCGCCCUCAGAACGCAUCGCGAUUCGACUGAACUCUAUCAAUACACCCUUCUUCCGACAGGACAUCUCACAGGCUCUUCAACUGCCAAGUAUCAAGACCUUUGUCCUUCCAAAGAUCCACUCCCCACACGACUUGCAUAUCGUCUCCCAGGAGAUCUACACUCAUUCACAGCUUGGUUCGGGCCCUGUAGUCAGGGAUGAGCCCAUCAAUAUUGUGGCAAGCAUCGAGAGCGCUAGAGCUGUGUUUAACCUUGGUGGAAUAGCUGGAUGGCAGUCGGAACACGGACCUUUGGCUGGCGGGAAACUUGCUGGACUACUUUUCGCUGCCGAAGACUAUUGCGCCGAUACGUCUGUGAUCAGGACACCUUCACGCCGAGAAUUGCUGUACACGCGUUCUAAGAUCGCGAUCACUGCUAAAGCAUUUGGCCUUCAGGCGAUUGACAUGGUUUGCGUGAAUUACAAAGACUUGAAAUAUCUCGAAGAAGAAUGCCAAGAUGGCAGGGAGUUGGGAUUCACGGGCAAGCAAGCCAUACACCCUACACAAGUAGAUAUCAUUCAGGCCACAUUUGUACCCUCCAAAAAAGAAAUUGUGCGUGCCGCUAGAAUAUUGCAUACCAUGGCGAAAGCACACUCAUCUCAGAAGGGUGCUAUCGGGCUGACCGUGGAAGGAGGGCCAACGGAGAUGAUCGACGCACCCAUGAUCAAGCAGGCUGAGAAUAUAGUCCGCGUUGCGAAAGCGGCAGGGUUGGCGAUUCCGGAGCAAUUCGACUGAUGGCCCACUGCUAGUCGUAUUCAUGAAGAGACUUGAGGCUGUAGUUUGCGUGCUUGUAUUACUUUGUGUAGCUAGCUACUCUUUAUCUUCUUGUACGAACCUAGUAUCCCGGGAAACUCUCAAUGAACCACAGCACAUUCCCAGUUUGUCU